AUGAAAAAAAAUAAAUAUGGAAAAACUGCUCUGCAUUAUGCAGUAGAAAAUAAUUGUAAAGAAACUGCAGAAGUUCUUAUUUCACAUGGUGCAAAUAUCAAUGAAAAAGAUGAUGAUGGAUAUACUGCUCUUCAUAUUGCAGCAUGGUAUAAUAGUAAAGAAACGGCAGAAGUUCUUAUUUCACAUGGUGUGAAUAUCAAUGAAAAAGAUAAAUAUGGAAAAACUUCACUUCAUUAUGCAGCUCAGAAUUGUAGUAAAGAAACCUCAAAAGUUCUUAUUUCACAUGGUGCGAAUAUCAAUGAAAAAACUCAAGAUGGAGAAACUGCACUUCAUAUUGCAGCAUUGAAUAAUAAUAAUGAAACCUCAGAAGUUCUUAUUUCACAUGGUGCGAAUAUCAAUGAAAAAAAAUAA